AUGACAAUUCUAUCAUCAACUGCAUUGAGUCUUAUUUUAUCUUCUGCUUCUGUAAAUACAUUCAAUCAAAUCUUAGAAUCACCUAUGGAUGCUAAAACAAAUAUAACAAGAAAUAGACCCAUUGUACAAGAAUCGAUUUCAAAAGGUCAUGCGACUACAUUUGAUAUCAUUUCAGGUCCUUUUGUAAUUGAUAUCUUAUAUGUUAUUGUGAAUCCAAUUACAUCUUAUAUUUCUUUUAUUAAAUUUUUAACUUACGUUUUAUACAUCUUUAAAUGGAUUUCAAUUAUAAAUACUUGGAUUGGAUCUUUAUAG